AUGCCUAUAAUCCACAAUGACAAUACUGAAUCUACCGCAUCCGGCAGCAACACUAGCACCGCCAAAGCGCGUGCACAGGCUGAAGAGGAGGACAUGACCGUGGAGCUACACUAUGCAGCAAAAAGAGCGAAAUUUUAUAAUGAGUUUGGGGACUGCCAUCAAGAAAUUCAACAGCUGGUAGCUUUCCAUUGCGGCCUGACAAACCCCAGCCUGGUACAAGUGCCAGCAAUGUUUGGGAAGGAUGGUGAGCUUGUGUGGCGGCAUGGCAGUUUUAACAUGUGUAUCCCUGUAUCCAUAAACCGCGCUGGGCGCAACAAUGCUGGAAACUCACUGCCAUCUAAACUGGGAUUCCGGGUACCUUUACCAUAUAAGCUUGGGGAAGAAGCCUUUCCUGGCAAUGUAGAGGAGAAGGUGCGAUCAGAGGCUGCAACAUAUAUCUGGAUCAAUAAGAACUGCCCGGAUAUACCGAUACCAAAACUGCGAGGGUUUGGAGUGACUGGCGGCCUGAGUGUGAGUCUGCAAGUGUUCCGCAACAGAUAUCGAGGUUAA